GGGACGGGGCCGUGGAGCCGCUCCGCCGGCUCGGGCAGCGCUGUCCUCGCCCGCCCUCCCCGCGCCGAGGCUGCCCACGGAAUGAGCGUCCCCCGGGCUGCCGCUGCCGCCUCCACUCGGGCUGCGGCGAGCGGGAGGAGAGCGCGGCUGCCGGCGCGGUCGCUGCGGCGGGAGCGGAGUGAAUGACCGAGAGGAGCGGCGCGGAGAGGCAGCCCCGGGAUCAGGAUGCGGGCGCCCGCCAGCAUCCUCAACCUCCUGCUGCUGUCCUUGCUGGCCGGCCUCGAUCCUUCCAAGACUCAGAUUAGCCCCAAGGAAGGGUGGCAAGUUUAUAGUUCAGCCCAGGAUCCUGAUGGCCGUUGCAUUUGCACUGUUGUUGCACCUGAACAAAACCUAUGUUCGAGAGAUGCCAAAAGCAGGCAACUCAGACAACUACUAGAGAAGGUUCAGAAUAUGUCCCAAUCUAUUGAAGUUUUAAAUCUACGGACUCAGAGGGAUUUCCAGUAUGUUUUAAAAAUGGAAACGCAAAUGAAAGGGCUGAAGGCCAAGUUUCGGCAGAUUGAAGAUGAUCGGAAGACAUUAAUGACAAAGCACUUUCAAGAGUUGAAAGAAAAGAUGGAUGAGCUUCUGCCACUGAUCCCAGUUCUGGAGCAAUACAAAACUGAUGCCAAGUUGAUCACACAGUUCAAGGAGGAAAUUAGGAAUCUGUCUACUGUGCUCACUGGGAUUCAGGAAGAAAUUGGUGCUUAUGACUAUGAGGAACUACACCAGCGUGUAGUCAAUUUAGAAACCAGGCUUCGUGACUGCAUGAAAAAGCUCACAUGUGGCAAAUUGAUGAAAAUUACAGGCCCCAUUACAGUGAAGACAUCUGGAACCCGAUUUGGAGCCUGGAUGACGGAUCCAUUGGCAUCAGAGAAAAAUAACCGAGUCUGGUACAUGGAUAGUUACACUAACAAUAAAAUUGUCCGUGAGUACAAAUCAAUCGCAGACUUCGUCAGUGGGGCCGAAUCAAGGACAUACAACCUUCCAUUCAAAUGGGCAGGAACCAACCACGUUGUCUACAAUGGCUCCCUCUAUUUCAACAAGUACCAGAGCAACAUCAUCAUCAAGUACAGCUUCGACACGGGGCGGGUGCUGGCGCAGCGUAGCCUGGAGUACGCCGGCUUCCACAAUGUCUACCCUUACACCUGGGGUGGCUUCUCUGAUAUCGACCUGAUGGCAGAUGAAAUUGGGCUGUGGGCUGUGUAUGCCACCAACCAGAACGCAGGCAACAUUGUCAUCAGCCAGCUGAACCAGGAUACACUGGAGGUGCUGAAGAGCUGGAGCACGGGCUACCCAAAGAGAAGUGCUGGAGAAUCCUUCAUGAUCUGUGGCACCUUGUAUGUCACUAAUUCGCACUUAACAGGAGCCAAGGUCUACUAUUCCUACUCCACAAAAACCUCCACUUAUGAGUACACAGACAUUCCUUUCCAUAAUCAGUAUUUUCAUAUAUCCAUGCUUGACUACAAUGCAAGAGAUAGAGCUCUCUAUGCCUGGAAUAAUGGACAUCAAGUCCUGUUUAAUGUCACCCUUUUCCACAUCAUUAAAACUGAGGAUGACACAUAAUUUUAUUUCCCUUACCUCCCUCAAAGCAGUCUCAUUUGUGAUUAACUCUUAAAGCAUCCAUCUCUCUCAGUUCCUUUUAAUUUCUUUCUUCAUUAAACAAAAGCAACAUUUUCUACUAUGUAAUGCAUCUCAAAUAUGGCUGAACCUGUCAAAAAUGACCUGUCAGAAAUAAAAAGCAUCUUAACUCAUGAUUCUGCAAGGUCUGUCAAGACCUUGUCUUGAAAAGCACUAAGGAGGAUUUAAAUGGCUAAAGACAGUUUUUAAAAGAUUAUGAUCUGCCUUAUUUUAGAGUCAGAGACUAAUGGUGGCUUAAAUGCAUGAAUGUCUUUUUUUACCUCAUUUUUUGUUUUAAUAUAUUGCUUAACUUCAGGAAACAUUUCAGUAGUGUCAGACACAUAUUGCACAUUGUAUUUUUUUAUUUAUUCCGAAAGAAAGAUUUAGUAGGAAUUUAAUUUUCUUAGACAAGGCAUAUGAUUCAUUUCGCCAUCAUCCAAUUUCAGAUGUGGUGCUGUACAGUAUGUUUUUAAAUCUCCUGCAAACAUUUUAUCAACAGUAUGUAUUUCUACCAUUGUAACCACCAUUGUGCAAUUGUAUCUCUUCACUUAUGUGAAAGUAAACUAAGUACUAUUUUUUAUAAAAUAUAUUGAAGCUUAAUUGCAA